GAUGUCAAAGUGCUCACAGUCUGAAACAGUCAUGCCUGGGAUAUUGUUGGGAGACGUGUUCCCUAACUUUGAAGCAGAUACAACAAUCGGCAAGAUUAAAUUUCAUGAAUUCCUGGGAAAUUCAUGGGGCAUCUUGUUCUCGCACCCUCGUGACUUCACUCCAGUAUGUACAACUGAAUUAGCCCGUGCCGCCAAGCUUCAUGAAGAGUUUAAGAAACGUGACGUGAAGAUGAUCGCCCUGUCUAUUGACAGCGUGGAGGACCAUCGCAAAUGGAGUGAGGACAUUUUGGCGUUUAACCAAGACAAAGCCUGCUGCCCCAUGCCAUUCCCCAUCAUCGCGGACGACAAGAGGGAGUUAUCAGUGUUGUUGGGGAUGCUGGAUCCUGAUGAGAGGGAUAAAGAUGGGAUGCCCCUCACUGCCCGCUGCGUGUUUGUAGUUGGUCCUGACAAGAGACUGAAGCUCUCUAUUCUCUAUCCGGCCACCACGGGGCGCAAUUUCGAUGAGAUUCUCCGUGUUGUUGACUCUCUGCAGCUGACGGCUACAAAAAAAGUGGCCACACCAGUAGACUGGAAGCCUGGUCAAGAGGUCAUGGUCAUCCCCUCUCUCUCAGACGAAGAGGCCAACAAGCUUUUCCCAGCUGGUUUUACCCUCAAAGAAGUGCCUUCUGGAAAGAAAUACAUACGCUACACUAAACCAUAACUGAAUCCUGAAGGGCAGCGCUGUAGAAAAUGCACUCACCUGCACAUCAUAUUUAGUCUACUAGAUAUGGUGUGUUCAAACUACCUGCAAGUAAUCAGUCAUCACCAUAAUUCAGCUUUUAUAAGUCACACACCAUAAGGUCAACAUAUACAGUAUACACUUAUUGUAUUGUGCCUUAGUUUCAAUGAAAUAUCCCUUUUGUAAUUAAAAUGAGUCUUUGUUUGGACUGGA